UUUGUUUUUAUUAACCAUUGUAAUUUAACUGAAUAUCUAUAAAUCAUAAAUUGUGCUGUCUGGAUGGAGGAAAGGAAGCGACCCAAGGGUUGUGGGACAAGUGGUAAAGCUGGUGAUAAGAUGGAUUCGCUCAGUGAUGAGGUACGUCAAGACAUAAAGGAUGCGUUUGAUAUGUUCGAUCGAGAUGGUAAAGGAACCAUAGAGUUAACCAACUUGAAAUUAGCUAUGAGAGCUCUUGGCUUUGAACCAAAAAAAGAAGAGAUAAAAAAAAUUACUGCGGAAUUUGUUAAAGAUGAUAAAAGUAUGGUUGCCUAUGAUGAUUUUUGUAAUCUCAUGGCUCGUAAAAUUUGUGAAAAAGAUACAAAUGAUGAGAUCAUUAAAGCCUUCCAGUUGUUCGAUUUGACCAAUUCAGGUAAAAUAAGGUUUGAAGAUUUGAAAAAAGUUUCACAAGAGUUGGGUGAAAAUAUAAACGAUGAAGAGCUACAAGAGAUGAUCAUGGAAGCUGAUCGAGAUGAGAAUGGUUACGUUGAUAAAGAGGAAUUUCUUCGCAUCAUGAAAAAGACUUGCCUCUAUUGAAUAAUUUUAAUGCUGAACUCAUGAUAAAUAAUAAGCGCACAAUUGCAACAGUAUUGUUAUAACUCUAUCGAUAAAUUGCUUCAAUUUGCAUAGAAACAUGUAUGCUUGCUUGGUGAAAAAUUAAAUCUCUCCAAAAUUUA